AUGGCGCCCGCAAAAGUUCCAAAGAAACCAGUGAAGUCAAUGGAGAAACCUAUAGAAAAGCCGAUAUCCAAAUCGAACAAACGGAUAAAGAAGAAGAACUACCAAUCCUUCUCGAUCUACAUAUAUAAACUCCUUCGGACCGUGACGCAAGAUUCCAACUUGGGUAUUUCAAGAAAGAGCAUGCUGAUCAUGAACAAUUUCGUCAAUGACAUGCUCGAGAAAAUCGCAGUUGAAGCAAGUAGACUUGUCGUCCACGGAAAGAAGACCACAAUGGGUAGUCAAGAAAUACAAUCGGCCGUUCGACUUCUGUUGCCAGGGGAAUUAGCGAAGCACGCCACCAUAGAAGGCAUCAAAGCCAUUAAUUUAUACCACACAAGUCAAAAUAGGGAUAUGAAAAAAACUUAACGUCUACUUUUGAAAUAAUAAUAUUGUUUUUUAUAUUGCCGAAUAUUGUACAGAUUUGUUGAUUUUGAUAUUUAAGAUUAACGAGGCCCUUUUCAGGGCUGAAAAUUUUCAUAUUUCAUUAGGACAGACGUCUAACCUUAUUUAAAUGCAAAAUAACUAAAAUAAAAGUAUUUUAUUUAGAAAACUCUUUGGAGCGUUUUUUAUAUUU